AUGCAUCCGUCAGUGUCACUGGCGGAUGCCAACACUUCUUCAACAACUGCGUCAGUCAUCGAUGAACACGAACGCUGUAGAGACUUGUACAGGGACGUAGUGAGCACCGAUGCAGGAGAAUCCGGUGCCCAGGCUUUGGUGUCUUCGAGUGCUUCGGCAGCCGUGACGUCAGCUCCACGCUGCCCGCCCGUAUGGGACUCAAUCCACUGCUGGCCACCCGUGGAGGCCGGCAAGAUGCUCACGCUGCCCUGCCGGGAGGUGUUCGGCCGGCUCAACUACACUCAGCACGACGUCCGCUGGGGGGCAGAGGCUCACCGAGAAUGCGGAAGCAAUGGAACCUGGCUGCACGGAAACUGGACCAACUACACCGAGUGCUUGGAGUUGCUGCCGCAGCAAAACUUACCCAGCAUUCCAGCCAUAGCGAGCUACAUUCUUCUGGUCUUCUCGCUCACCAGCCUGGUGGCGCUGUGUGUGACACUAUUCAUCUUCACGUACUUCAAGUCCCUGCAGUGUUCCAGGCUUCGGGUGCACAAGAAUCUCGUGGCGUCCUUGAUUGUACACUCAAUCCUGCUGGCCGUCAUCUCAUUUCCCAACGUUUUGGGACCACACUGGACGACCUACAGCGACGUGGACUGGCUCUGCAAAAGCGUGCUGUCGCUGAAGCUGUACGCGGCCAUGGCGUCCAUCAACUGGAUGUUCGUCGAGGGUCUUCUGCUUCAUUCUCGCAUCGCCGUUUCCGUGUUCCAACAAGACGCACCCUUCAAGCUCUACUAUCUCAUCGGAUGGGGCUUGCCAGCCCUGUGCGUUCUGGCUUGGAGCUUCGUCAUGGAGUCCCGCAUGCGGAGUCACUGUUGGCGCGGCUACGGGAACUCCGUCUUCGUCUGGAUCAUCAGCGGUCCCAUGAUGGUCGCCCUUCUGGUGAACACAGUGUUCCUGGUAAACAUCAUUCGCAUUCUGCUCACCAAGCUCCAGUCAAACACCUCUAUCGAGACCAUGCAACUCAGGAAGGUGUCUAAGGCAACAGCCCUGCUGUUCCCUCUCUUGGGCAUCACGCACCUUUUCUUCUGCAUCAACCCUCGGGAUGACGCCCAUUUCGAGAGCGCCUACGUCAUCUGCAACGCCCUGCUCCAAUCGUCCCAGGGCCUCUCCGUCUCGAUCCUCUACUGCUUCGUCAACUCGGAGGUGCAGACUGCGGUGCGCAACGCAUACAUGCAGGCGAUGAUCAGGCGCAACCCUAACCGCUACUCCCGCGGCCGAGGCCUGUCGCAGAGCUACUCGACCUACUGCGAGGCCAGCUCGCUGGCGCCGGACCUUCACCCGCACAUCGUCGGACACAAGGUGGCGCCCAUGCGCAAGGCUUUGGGACCUGCUCGCCGCUACUCGGAGGUCGAGGUUGAGACGCUCGCCUCCAUCGUCGCCCCGUCGCACGCGCAGCCCACCAUCAAGUGGGAGCGCAACUGUUACUUCUGA